GUCCGCGCCAAAUUGAGCCUUGCGAUACCGGUUAUCCCGGCGAGUCUUUUCUGUCUGGACUCGAGUCUUGCCCCCUAUCUGUCGAGUGCGAAUCUCGACACGCAUAGCGAACGCGACACGUCCAUCCGUCUUCAAACACCAUGCCGCCAACAAUGCCCUUCCCGUUGUCCUUCGACGGUCGAGACGAACCGAUAUUGUGAGGUCAGAGAUAUUCAAGAGCUUGCGGUGCGGUCUCCAGUCGCCAUGUCGGGUGUGCAUUCACUCAGGAGACCAGGAAGGCUGGAUUUUUUUGGCCAUUACUUUGUGUUAGUACAGUGGACACCGUUCCAAAAUUGACAGAAUCCAGCGGCAGGGCUUACCAGAAUAUCUGCCCGUACCUGGUGCUUUCUCUGCUUGAAGAGUCAAGUGGACAUUAGCGAAGCGUGCCCUCGACACCACGAUCCCACGCCGCAGCAAAGGCGAUCGUCGUUGCCGAAGUGCAGACAUAUUUUGUUUCGAGUCAGAGUCCAGAGAGUGUAUUUUUGACCCUUGGCAAUCGGUGAAGAUUGCUCAAAUUCCCUCAAUUCCCUCAAUUCCCUCAACGGGCAAAAAUCAUUAGGGAGCCUGGCCGGGCGGCCAGUGUUACUCUACAACAAAGCAACCAAUACAAUCCCCCAAGAAAGCUUUUGCACAAUCUCAUUGAAAAACAUCUUCUCCACCAAUUGAGAUGGUUCUUGGAAAGCAAAGAAUACCUUUUCCCCAAGCUUUGCCUAUUAACAGCCCAACGCCUUCAGAUUCCAGAGACCCUUAUCCAUCAGACCAGAGCAAAAAUGUCGUUCCUCUCCCUCCCCAACGAGAUCCUCGUCAUGAUCGCCAGCUAUCUGGAGUCCGAUAAAGACCUCCGCGCGUUCAGUCUAGCAAGCAAGGAAUUCUACCCCGCCGUGUCUCCCGUCAUGUACCGCAACAACAUCCGCAAUCAUAGUAGCUCCGGACUAUUCUGGGCUGCCAGACACGGCCAACCGACCACUGCGACGCGCUUCCUCAAGUACGGGGCCGACGCGAAUGUCGGAGACAGUACUGGCGUGCGACCACUAUGGGGGGCGGUCCAGGGAGGGCAUGUCACGGUGGCCCAGAUCCUCCUUGCCCACGGCGCGGACCUCCACAACAGCGACGAGCCUCCGGACCUGUAUCCUACUUAUCCACCCGCACUUUAUGUGGCUGUCAGGGAAGGCAACGGUGACAUGGUCCGCCUCUUACUCGACCACGGUGCUGAUCCCAACCUAAAUGGCCGGCAGCCAGAAACCAUACUCCAGGUCGCCGUAACGAGGAGUGACAAUCAUCUAAUACAGCUCCUACUCGACCACGGUGCGGACCUCAAUGCUGCUGGCAGUGACGGCGACAGUGUCUUGGAGUCCGCGGCGAGGUGCGGCAAUCUCAAAGCAGCCAACAUUCUCUUACAAAACGGGGCAGAUGUCAACCAGGACAAUGGGUCGGGAACCCCACUCUACACAGCUGCCCACAAUGGGCGGGCUUAUAUGGUGCAGUUACUGCUGGAUUGGGGUGCGGAUGUCAAUGCUGUUGCUGGGUCUCAUGGCUCUGCGUUGAGGGCGGCUUGGUGCCAGAAUCGCACUGGCAUAGCAAACCUCCUGCUCGCAUAUGGUGCCGACUCCACAAUGGGAGAAUAUAUACCAUAUAACAGUUGGUCUUUCAACAACUGUGAUUAUUGAUGGUCCUAUGAUUAGAGAUUCUGAAUGAGGAAUUUUGGAUGAGGGGUGGAAUGGGAAUGCCAUUACUAACAGAUGGGCCUGGCUCUGGAGCUCUGUCUAUCUUUCUGCAAAGAUGGUGAAUACAGUCCUUGCCUUCAACACAUUUUGGUAGAGCUAUGGGAAGGGAGAACCUCCUUGUUCUGCCACCUCUUUAGUCUCUUUCAGGCAAACUCAUUGGCAUCUAAGGCGAUACUAUACAUCAUGAUAGAAGCUAUAGUGGAAGAACACAAUCAACAAUAUGUC